UUCUAAUUAAUGCGUCUCGGCAGCAUGUCAAAAUAUCUCUUAUUUUCAUGCGGUAUGAUUUACUGACAUUUCAAAUGACCUCUUAUUUUCUAGCAAUUAUUACAGAGUAGUAAUGCGAUUCGUAUAAUUUACUAACAAGCAGAAAGUAUAUACCACGCAUCAAGCUGUAGUUUCGUGUUUCGCUCUUUAUCUAACACAAGAUUCGCGGGGAAUUUCCGUGAGGGAAAUUCAAAACAAAUAAUCAAUGGGUAAUAUCGCGACACCCAUAUGGACGAUAUAAGAAUCGUGUCAACCGCGCGACGGAAAGUUAUGUGGCGUAAACUAUUGUAGCUAGUGUUUCAAUUCAUUCUAAACCGAUAUAAAACAUAAAUUAGAUAUUAUUCUUUUCUCUACUGUUCCUAUUUGAAAUAAUAUUGUCGGUUAUGUAAAAAUUACGGCAAUCCGUCUGAUGAAGAGGUAACUUAGGUUACACAUGUUAAACCGAAGUGAAUUGACAGAGUGCAAGUAUGAGUAAGACAGCAAAAUUUGGACCCGAUGAUGGACCGACGGUCACAAAUUCAUUCACAACAAACGAGGACGAGUCCGACGAAUUGUUUUCAGAUGAUGAACAGAGCGAAGUGAUGAAUUAUAAGUCUGAUGUUUCCUUGGAUGUAUCAAUUUUACGAUCCAAGACACCUUUACUGUCGACUGACAAUUCAAACACAGUAACACCAAGCGAUGCAGUAAUUCCAUCUACACCACUGAGUUUAGUGCCUUUCCUUAAUAAGAUAAAUGAACAAUGGACUAGUGAUUUAGAGACACCACAGGCCAAUAAGUCAAUUCAGCUGUGUACAAAGCCACCAACAGAUACAGGAGAAACACCUAAACCUGAACAACACACACCUGAUGAUAUUUCAUCUGCUAAAAGUAUAGAUAAUAAAAUUACUUCAGAUUCUCCCAUUAUAGUUCCUAGAGUUGUACGAAAGCGUCCUAAACGACGUUGUAUAUUUAAAUCUUCUACAUUUACAAACACAUCAGCUGAGGCUAGUGAUGAACAUGCUACUAUGAAUAAGCAAGAAGAAGCAUCACAUGCUUCUGAGAGUAAUAUUAAUUUUAUAGUACAAAAUAAUGCUACAGAUGUUACAAUGACCAAUCUUUAUAUUGAUAGUACUCGAGAAGAUAACAGAUCUCAGUUUCUUGAUAAAAUACGAGAAAUGGAUGAUUAUAAGAAUUUUAACCAUCUAAGCAAUGAUGUACCUGAUACCUCAGAUUUGGCCCAAGAGGUGUUUAGUGAUGCUUCUUUUGAUUGUAUAGAUAAAUUAAUCAUUAAUAAUCUCGAUAAGCAAGCAACGAUAGAUACUAACCUCCAAGAUAUCAGCAAACAGAUCUUUGCGAAUAGCCAUAGAAAAAAGUCACAAACUUUGAAUUUAAACAAGAUUGAAGAAAACAAGAGUACAGGAUUCCUUACUGCUAACGGUACUGCCAUUAAUAUUUCAAAAGAAGCAAUGCUUAAAGCAGAGACAUUAUUAGCAGAUGAAAUGCAAAUAGAAAAUCAUGAAUUAUUUGACAAGAAAAGUUCUAUAGAACAAAAGAAUAAGCGUUUAUCACUUUUCUCAGGAGCAUUACCACAACUACCACUUACAGAGCAUAUGAGAAAUUUCAACAAAGUGCACAAUAAAAAUUGUCAACAGCUAGUUGUAAGUGAAAGUCUUAGAAAAAGUAGUGUGCUUCCUCUUUCACUUUCAACUGCUAGUACCUGCAGCAACGUCUCUGAACAAGCAUUACCCAGAGUAAAAUUAUCAUUUAUGAAAGACUCAGAUGAAUCCUUAGAAACUAAUGUUACAGAAAAGGCCAGUCUUCCUAGUAAGACUAGCCUACAAGAAAUAAAGAAUCUGAACAUUGGAUUCCAAACUGCUCCAAACUGCAGUACACCCAUUAAUAUCUCAAAGCAGGCGUUAUCCAGGGUAAAAUUAAUAUUUGCGAACGAACGAGACGAACCUUUAAAACAUGACGUUGCAGAAGAAGCUAAUAUUCAUAACAAAGAAAAUAAACAAGAAAUGAAGUCGAACAUUGGAUUCCAAACUGCUCGCGGUACACCCAUCAAUAUCUCAAAACAAGCAUUGACCAGAGCAAAAUUAAUGUUUGCAACAGAAUUAGACGAGCCGUUAGAACCGAAUGUUGCAGAGCAAGCGAAUAUUUGUGAUAGAGAAGUCAAGGAGAAAAAUGCAAGGUCUCCGAGCAUUGGAUUUCAAACCGCUCGUAGUGCACCUAUCAACAUCUCAAAACAUGCGUUAACCAGAGCAAAAUUAUUGUUCGCCAAGGAAUUAGACGAACCAUUAGAAGCUAACGUUGUGCAGGAAGUUAAUGCUCGUGAUAAAGAAGUCAAAGUACAAGAAGUGGAGACUCCGAGCGUUGGAUUUCAAACCGCUCGUGGCGCACCUAUCAACAUCUCAAAACAGGCGUUAACCAGAGCGAAAUUAUUGUUCGCUAAGGAAUCAGACGAACCAUCAGAAGCUAACGUUGUGCAGGAAGUUAAUACUCGUAAUAAAGAAGUCAAAGUACAAGAAGUGGAGCCUCCGAACGUUGGAUUUCAAACCGCUCGUGGCGCACCUAUCAACAUCUCAAAACAGGCGUUAACCAGAGCGAAGUUAUUGUUCGCCAAGGAAUUAGACGAACCAUCAGAAGCUAUCGUUGUGCAGGAAGUGAAUACUCGUGAUAAAGAAGUCAAAUUACAAGAAGUGGAGCCUCCGAACGUUGGAUUUCAAACCGCUCGUGGCGCACCUAUCAACAUCUCAAAACGGGCGUUAACUAGAGCGAAGUUAUUGUUCGCCAAGGAAUUAGACGAACCAUUAGAAGCUAACAUUGUGCAGGAAGUUAAUACUCGUGAUAAAGAAGUCAAAGUACAAGAAGUGGAGCUUCCGAACGUUGGAUUUCAAACUGCUCGUGGCGCAUCUAUCAACACGUCGAAACAAGCAUUAUUCAAAGCCAAAUUAUUAUUCGCGAGAGAAUUAGAUGAGCCAUUAGAACACGACGUUGCGGAAAAAAUUAAUAUUUCUAAUAGAGAAAUCGAGAUACAAGAGGCGAAAACUCCUGGCACUGAUGAGUUCCAAACCGCGCUUGGUACAUCUAUCAACAUCUCCAAGCAGGCACUAUCCAAGGCGAAAUUAUUGUUCACGAAGGAAUUUGACGGACCAUCGGGAUUCAAUCUUGCGGAGAGAGCUAAUAUUAACAGCGAAUUAGUCAAAGAACAAGAAGUGAGAGUUUCAAGUGUUGGAUUUCGGACCGCUCGUGGUGCAUCCAUCAGCAUCUCAAAACAGGCUUUCUCCAAGGCUCAGGCAUUGUUCGCGGAUCAACUGGACUCCCCUACGGAAUCGAAUCUCCCGGAGAAACGCAAACUGACCUCGGACGACAGCACGCCUCUCGGCAGGGGCUUCGCGUGGGGUUUGAAGAAGGUGCGUCUCAGCAAUGAAUUCGGGGGUAGGAAAUUAUUCCCCGACUGUUCGAGCGCCGAUAUGGACGUCAACGACACAAUGAAGAUCCAGUUGGAUGAUGACUUCCGCGUGGCGAGCAGAAUGUCGACGAACGACGGAAGAAUCGAAACGGUUCCCAUCGCAGAAUCGCCGAACGAGGCUGCGGCGAGUCGCAUGGAAUAUCCAGAUGAGAGGAACCAAGCGGACCCCGCCAUGGAUGUCUCCGUGUGUUCACCUCAGAGGGACACUUCCGAGUUCCCCGAGUCGAACACGGAGGGCAGUCCCAUCAUAGGCAGGCAGCCUGUCUCGAGGAAGCGCUGGAGUCUCGAGUACCGCAGAAGCAAGCAGAGUACAUCACAGUUGGACGACCGAACGUCACCGGAAGAUGCAAACAGCAUGGCGACAUCACCUCAUCGUGAGAAGACCAACGAAGAGGAGUCGCAGAGGGUGACGCAGCCGGAGCGGCAGAAGGCGGAGAGCACGAGCGAGUCGACCGAGUACGGCGACACGCAGAUGAUGAUGGACUUCAUCGACGAGUCAGCGCAGAUACUUCAGGAUCGCCUGGCGGCUGCGCUCGAACAAGAGAACGCGAUCACCGACAAGAGUCGGCGCAGAUCCAGACAAUCGCCGGGCUACCUGUACCGCCACAAGCAGAUUAACUCCGGAGCUCGCGUCUCGCUGAGGGACCUCGCCGACGGCGCGCCGCCUAGGCCGCGCACCUGCCAGGAACUCAUCGAUCAACGGAUCCCGCCGAACAUCUUGGCCAUCUCCUCCGCGACCGCCGCGUCCUACAAGUUUCGCUGCUCCGAUUUCUACGGCAACGACGUGGCGCGCAGCAACGUCCGCGGGAUAGAGCUGGAGGACGGCGCGCGUCUUGUCAUGGACGAGAAUGGCUACGUGGGGGUCUGGGAGUUCCUGCGCGCCUUUCUCGCGAGUCCAGGAGUCGAACCGAGCCUUGUUCCAGCGCGUUGGAUCGAGAAUCAUUACCGGUGGAUCGUGUGGAAAUUGGCGUCGUUGGACAGGAUGAAGUUCGGCUCGGCUGAGUUGCCAAGGGCGUUAACACCCUCGCACGUGAUGGCGCAGUUAAAGUAUCGUUACGACCGGGAGAUAGAUCGCUCCCAGCGACCGGCCAUACGACGUAUCCUAGAGCAAGAUGACGUCGCGUCCAAGAGGAUGAUUCUGUGCGUGUCGUCGAUCGUGGAGAGCAACGCCGUAGCUAAUUCCACCGUGGAGAUGGGCAAAAGUCCGCGCGUGGGAAUGUCGAAGUGGCGGAUCGAGUUAACCGAUGGCUGGUACAAUAUACCCGCCUGCAUCGACCUCGCUAUGAUAAAAUAUGUGUCGACCGGCAAGGUGCGAGAGGGUACGAAAUUGUUGGUGUAUGGCGCUGAGUUGCUCAACUGCAACGUGGCUUGUUAUCCGUUGGAGGCACCGGCCGACGUGUGUCUCAAGUUGCACACGAACUCGACGAGGCGUGCGCGAUGGGACUUGAAAUUGGGAUACGCACCGCGCUCGGGACCGAUAUCCGUGAGACUGCGCGACGUGUGUCCGAACGGCGGUCUCAUCGGCAAGAUGACAAUCGUCGUCGCCAGGGUGUAUCCGAUGCUGUAUCACGAGAAAACCGUGUCCGGAGAAUCGGUCCUGAGAAACGCGAAGAGCGAGGAGAAAGCGCAGACCGAGUACGAGCAACGGUGCCGACACAAGGCGGAGGCGUUUUACGACAAAGCCGAGAAGGAUUUUCAAGAGGAGGAUCUGUCCUGCGAAACUGAUCUGUUGGCGGGCAAAAGUCGCGAGAACUCCACGCAAGCAUUCGCCGGCAAGAAACAGCAGGAUGAUCUGCUGCGCGAGCUGCGUAUGAAGAAGGAGCGCUACAAGCAAGAACUGCAGUCGAAGCUGCGCGAGAGCCUACCAGCGCCGCGGCAGGUCUCGCCAUUGCUGAAGGUUCGCGUGUGCGACGGGAGUGCGAACGCCAUCCUCUCCGUCUGGUCGCCCGGCGAGGAGGUCGUCGACGCGCUCAAGGAAGGCGCGUGCGUCUCGCUGCGCAACGUCAUCGCUGCCGGGAAAAGGGGGUGUGAGUUGCAGCUCACCGCGCGCCGCUGCGCGCUCUUCAACCCGGGAACGAUGCCGGACGCGUCCUACCCGGUCCGGCUGUGUGCAUCGUUUCGCCAGGUGGGCAGUCCUGAAUUCUCGCCACCUUACGGGGAAUUCGACACGGUCGGUCUCGUCUGCGCCGUCGGCACCGCUCCUUACAGUAUGAAGGAUUUCGAGGCUGUGCACUUGGCCUGUCCGAGGAUUGACUCGAGCGGCUCCUUGUACCUCUCGAUACUGUUUUGGCAAGGAAUAGCCAGUUACGGAUAUGCAGAAGUCCUCACCGUCGGCUCCAUCGUAGCGUGUAAUAAUUUAGAUUGGCGCAGGAUGACUUCUUGGAACGUCCCGGUGGCGUAUUGUACCGACAGGAGCACUUUCACGCGCAAUCCACGGCGGAAUCACCUGUACGAGUCCUUUGAGAGCCUGUGCGACUCGAUAACGAAUCCGAUCGCAUACGCCGAGGGCUGCACCGCCGAGCUCAACGUGGAAUUGCAGAAGAAGCCGGCGACCAUGAGAACGCCGACGCGCUAUGCGUCGGACAAAAAUAUCCCGAUUAAAAUAUACAAUUCCGUCUCGGGCUCCGACAAGAGACCGGUUGACCAUACGCCGUCGCCGUCGCUAUCGACGCCGAGGUCGACCGCCGCCAACAACAGCUGGAAUUUCAGCACGAACAGUCCCUUGAUCCAGAAACGACUGGAUAAGCUCCAGCAGUACGGCGAGCCGCCCGAAUUGUCUCCGAUCAUCAUGAAAUCUUCCAAGAGAGUCUUCUUGGAUUACCGAUCACCCGUUGGCGUCUCGGACGCGAGCUCGACGACGAUCACGUCGAGCACCAGUAAACACGGCCGCUCGAACCCGUGCCUGUCGCCGGAGAAGCAGUGACACAAUUGUUUGAUAGUUUUAGUUUUUAUCUCAGGUACCUCUCAAGAAUGUAUAUUUGUCGAUAACUGCCGCGUGUUCGUUGAUGAUAAACUAUUUUCUUAACAGUUCAACGCAUUUUCUGCUCACAUCCACCAUCAAAGUUCUCCCCAAGUCCUUUCCGAGAUUCACCAGCUCAAAAAUCACCCGACGUCAGCCGGGCCCAAUUUACUCAGAAACGAAUGAACGUAAAACGUGCUGAGAAGGGGAGAUACUCGGUUUCGCUACGCAGGAGUUAAACAUUCCGCCCGUUAUCGCGUAAUGUUAUUCUCGCUGGAAGAUACGGCGACGUUCAGAGCGACAAUUUGCAGUCGCCCGUGAGACACCCAUCCGGGAAACGCCGGGGAACUAAUCUUCAGGUGUACGCGGGGGUCAUUAUCCUGCCCGCGGCGAGUCAUUUCGACCGUGUUCCUACAGUUUCCUAAAUGUAACUGCGUAAUAGGACAACGGAGUCAGCGAUGCGAGUCAGUCGAGAGAUUUCCUUGUUCUGCUGAAAAGCGCGGUAGAUUGAGCAAUUAAUGCUCAACUCCCGAGCUCGACCAAAGUAUUGAGGAAUUCCAGCCGAGGAUUCGACACCGGCAAAUUUGAAGUCGCUGUUCCCCUCCUCAUCUUUCUCCUGACUUCCGGUACUCGACCUGGCUCUCCACAAAUCGUUCAUUCGCCCGUUAAACGUGGCGAAAACUCGCGUCGGGAAAAACGGAGAUUCUCCAUGCUGCCGCAUGGAAGCAUUGUUUGACAGCCGGGAAGCGGAUCAAGCGGAACGCGCGCGGGGCCCUUCGCCUCGGCCGCAUGCGCAGCCGACUCCGAGGAGGAGAAUCUAGAAAUGAACGGCGCGGCGGCGCGCGCGGGCUUUGGCGCUCAGUUUGACACGCACCGGCGUGCCGUGCGCUCUGUUUGGGAUUUUGUCUGUUCGCUCGUCCGUUGGUCGUUCGCACGACGAACAACGACCUGAAGAGAGGCGUGCUCGAGAAAGAGAGAGAGAGAAGAGAAUCAGGUGUUCGCUUGCGAGGGGAAGAGGAAGAAGAAGAAUCGAUCGUGCCGUGUUUUCGUUUCUCCUCUCGUCGACGUGUGUAACCAACCGAUGUCUCGCGACGCGAUUUCUCACGCUUAA